UGUCCCUAAGGAGUGUGGCAGCAAAAGUGGUUGGAGUGCCGAUCGCGCGAGUCCAUGGGCUCCCGAAGCCCUGUGUUCGUGGAAAGGGGGUCCAAGGAGACGUUCUUCAUAGCUUCUUCUUGCUUUUGUCAUUACGCGACGCCUCCAUUUACGCGAAAACUGUGGGCUUUUGUCGCCACCGCCCACCUGAGGCUCUUCCGCUUCCCCUUUUCCCAGGCUCCGCCCCCAGCGUCCUGUGGCUAUGACGACCGCUCCGAGGGACUCUGUAGUGUGGAAGCUUGCGGGGCUGUUGCGGGAAUCGGGGGACGCAGUUCUCUCUGGCUGUAGCACACUGAGCCUGCUAACAGCCACACUGCAGCAACUGAACAGAGUGUUUGAACUGUACCUGGGGCCAUGGGGCCCUGGCCAGACGGGCUUUGUGGCUCUCCCUUCCCACCCUGCCGACUCACCCAGCAUCCUCCAGCUUCAGUUCCUCUUCGAUGUGCUGCAGAAAACGCUCUCUCUCAAGCUGGUCCACACCCCUGGCGUCGGCUUUCCAGGACCCAUCAAGAUUUUCCCCUUCAAGUCCCUUCGGCAGCUGGAGCUUCGAGGGGUCCCCAUCCACAGCCUGUGUGGCCUGCGUAGCAUCUACUCACAGCUAGAGUCUUUGAUUUGUAGCAGGAGCAUCCAGGCACUAGAGGAGCUCUUGUCUGCCUGCGGUGGUGACCUCUGCUCAGCCCUUCCCUGGCUAGCUUUGCUCUCUGCGGACUUCAGCUACAAUGCUCUCACCAACUUAGACAGCUCCCUGCGGCUCCUGUCAGCUCUUCGCUUCCUCAACCUGAGCCACAAUCAUAUCCAGGACUGCAGAGGCUUCCUGAUGAGACUGGCCCUGUCUUCCAGUGGUGGCCAAAGAAAACAGGAUCUCUCUGGCUGCUUUAAGUGUUCCUCAGAGCCUUGUCUCCUUCCAGGCAGGAACUUGGAUUUAUCCGAGCUGUACCAUUUGGACAUCUCCUAUAAUCACCUGCACUUGGUGCCAAGAGUGGGACCUUCAGGGGCUGCCCUGGGGAUUUUGAUACUGCGAGCCAAUGAGCUUCGGAGCCUUCAGGGCUUGGAGCAACUGAGGAACCUGAGGCACCUUGAUGUGGCCUAUAACCUUCUAGAAGGUCACACUGAGUUGUCACCACUGUGGCUGCUGGCUGAGCUCCGUAAGCUCUAUCUGGAAGGUAACCCAUUAUGGUUCCACCCGGCACAUCGUGCAAAUACUGCUCAGUACUUGUCACCUCGGGCCAGAGAUGCUGCUCAUGGCUUCCUGCUUGAUGGUGAGGUUUUGUCACCGAAGGAUCUUCAGACUUCAGAAUCUUCAGGGCUUGGUCCCAUGACCCAGCCUCCAUCCUGGCCAGUGGGGAGUACCACUGAAACCUCAGGUGGCCCUGAGUUGAGUGAUAGCCUCUCGUCAGGGGGCAUUGUGGCCCAGGCCCCGCUUCGUAAGGUUAAGAGCCGAGUCCGUGUGAGGAGGGCUAGCAUCUCUGAGCCCAGUGACACAGACCCGGAGCUCCGAACUCUGGAUCCCUCCCCAGCUGGAUGGUUUGUGCAACAACACCGGGAGCUGGAGCUGCUGAACAGCUUUCGGGAGCGGUUUGGCUGUGACUGGCUGCAGUAUAGGAGCCACCUGGAGACCUUGGGGAGCCCCCCUCUCGCCAUCACCAAGACUCCUGCCCUUAGCACCCCUCUUCUGGAUGCCCAGAGCCUGGAGACUGCAUGCAGCCCUGCAGCCACAGGGGGAGCUGGAGACACUGAGGAAUCACCACAGAAGGUGUCAGAGGGCAGGGUGGGGCCGGAGCCGCUUGAAGAAGAGAGGGAAGAGCAAGCCAAAGAAGAGGAAUCCAGAGAGGACCUGGAGGAGGAAGGGGAGCAGGAGCAGGAGGAAGUGGAAGCGGAGCUCUGUCGCCCCUUGUUGGUGUGUCCCCUGCAGGGGCUUGAGGGCAUGCAGGGCAAAGAAUGCUUUCUCCGAGUCACUUCUGCGCACUUGUUUGAGGUGGAGCUCCGGGCAGCUCGGACUCUGGAGCGAUUGGAGCUACAGAGCCUGGUGGCAGCUGAGCUGGAGCCAGAGACUGAGAUUCAAAGAGAACAGGUGCCCGAGGGCUCAGGUCCACCCCCUGGGGCUCCAGUUCUUGUUCUACGCUUUUCCUACAUUUGUCCUGACCGGCAGUUGCGUCGCUAUGCAGUGCUGGAGCCAGAGGCCCAUGAGGCCAUCCAGGAGCUGCUCGCUGUGCUGACCCCGUUCACCAGUGUGAGAGAGCAGCAGCCUGGGGAGGCCAAGGACCCAUGGGGGGCCAGGUGCCAGUGUCUGCGUUGCAGCUGUGAGUUCAAGCCAGAGGAGCCCAGGUUGGGACUGGAGAGUGAGGAAGGCUGGAAGCCUCUGUUUCAAAACCCAGAAUCUCCUGUUGUGUGUCCAAACUGUGGGAGUGACCAUGUGGUUCUCUUGGCCAUGUCUGGGGAAAUUCCUGAUAGAGAGCAGAACCAGGGAGAGAAACCACCAGAUCCCUCUGGGUUCCCUGACCCUGUCCGUGACCUUGCUAACCACAGUGGCCAUCCCAGUGGGUCUGAGGGCGCCCCACCUCAGACAUCCAUAUCCCAUGGCCGUAGCAGCUGGAGCCUCAGUCCAACUCCUGGACAGUCUGGUCUUCGCUCUGUGGACCACCGCCUCCGACUCUUCCUGGAUGUUGAGGUGUUCAGUGACUCAGAGGAGGAGUUCCAGUGCUGUACCAAGGUGCCAGUGGCAUUAGCAGGCCACACAGGGGAGUGUCUGUGCCUUGUGGUUGUGUCUGACCACAGGCUUUACCUGUUGAAGGUGACAGGGGCCAUCUGCGGGCCUCCUGCUAAUUGGCUCCAGCCCACCCUGGCCAUUCCUCUGCAGGAUCUGAGUGGCAUGGAGCUUGGCCUCGCAGGCCAGAGCCUCCGGCUAGAGUGGGCAGCUGGGACCGGCAGCUGUGUACUGCUGCCCCGAGAUGCCAGGCAUUGCCGUGCCUUCCUUGAGGAGCUCACUGGUGUCUUGCAGUCUUUGCCUCGCACCCAGAGGAACUGCAUCAGUGCCACGGAGGAGGAGGUGACCCCGAAGCAUCGGCUCUGGCCGCUGCUGAGAAAAGAUACUUCUGCAGAGGUUCCCCAGUUUUUCUACCUUCGGACCUUCCUGGCUGAAGGUUCCUCUACCUGCCCUGUGUCCCUGUUGCUGACGCUGUCCACACUGUACCUAUUAGAUGAAGACCCUGCAGGGUCCCAGGCAGAACCCACACUCCCAGUGGUGUCUGGGGAAGCCUCUGAGCAGGCCCCUCCUCUGGGGCCAGGUUCUCCCCUGCAGGUCAGGGAACAGCAACCACUCAGCAGUCUGAGCUCUGUGCAACUGUAUCGAACAAGCCCUUUGGACUUGCGGCUGAUCUUCUAUGAUGAGGUGUCUCGACUGGAGAGUUUCUGGGCACUCCGUGUUGUGUGUGGGGAGCAGCUGACAGCCCUCUUGGCCUGGAUCCGGGAGCCCUGGGAAGAGUUGUUCUCCAUUGGACUCCGGACUGUAACCCAGGAGGCUCUGGACCUCGACCGAUGAGGGUCUCCACUGAGCUCGCACUGACUCAGGAGUUGCACUGCAAAAGCCCCUUCUCCUGAUCUCUGGGUCUGUCUUCUUGCCUGGCUGUGGACCUCUCCAGCGCUUGGCCACUGGCUAGUGAGGCCCCAGAUGACCCACAGCUUAAGAGAAGGACAAGAGAAAUGAUCAGGCCCUUGGGUGAUCUGUCUCGUAGAACAGGCUCAGUGGUCAGUGAAAACGUUUCUCCAGCACUUUCUCUCAGGUAUCAGUAAAGUUGUUUCCAUGCUAAGUGUCAUGGGUGGUACGCAGAAAUGUCACCCAUAAAGCCUGCCAUCCCCGAAUCUCUUCCCGGAAGCACGCUUGUUUGCACUAUGAAACCUGUCUCCAGGCCUGCUCUAGCGAAGUAGGACUACUGACCCGGAUACGCCCAGUCCUCAAGCAGGUUGUGACCUAUCUUGUGGCCUUGCAUGAGAUCUCUGCCAGUCAAAGAGCUGGACCUCUUCAGACUUUUUGCUCUUCUCUUUUGAGACAGGGUCUCACCGUGUAACCUUGCUGGCCUGGAACUCACUCUGUAGAGCAGGCUGGCCUUGAGCUCAUAGAAUCUGCCUGCCUCUGCCUCUUAGUGCUGGGAUUAAUGAUGUGAGCCACCAGUUGUGGGAAAAUUGUGAACUUCCCCUGCUCCCCCAAGUUUACAUUUUAGAUAAAGACCUGCAAUAAAAAGUGAGACUCUGUAA